AUGCUUCUGCAGCUGUGUCCACAACUGGCGCGCCCUGCGUCAUGCGGCCCUGAGAUGACUGGGCAUCCCACUCACCCCACUGCUUGGAUACAUUCUACUCCGCACCAGGCGGUUUUGUUCUGCAGGGGAGGCGCCAUUUCCUCAAACGCAGGAAUCCAGGCCGUGGGGUGGGCUCCUGCAGGCCUCUGGCCUGGAGGGAGGCUGACAUUCCUUCCCACACCCUCCCUAGAAUCUAGGAGGAUGGAACCGAAUACCUGUAAGACCAGCGAAUCUGAGGAGGAGUAUGUUGAGGAAGAGGAAUCUGAGGAGGAGUGCAUUAAAGAGGAAGCUCGGGUCCCAUCCAGCCCCCCACAGCAGGCGUUCUCAAAGGGUUAUGCAGCAUUUGAGAAUAAGAGUCCCUUAUCCAUUAUAGCCACGAAAAUUCCAAAGAAAAUCGCAGCCCCAGAUGACUUAGAAGUUGGGAGAAGAAAGAGAAGGCGGAAACGCAGACCCCUGGCCAUCAACCUGACCAACUGCAAGUAUGAGAGUGUGCGUCGGGCAGCGCAAAUGUGUGGCUUGAAGGAGGUGGGGGAGGAUGAAGAGUGGACUGUGUACUGGACAGACUGCUCUGUCUCACUGGAGCGUGUCAUGGAAAUGAAGAGGUUUCAGAAAAUCAACCACUUCCCCGGCAUGACAGAAAUCUGCCGCAAAGAUCUGCUGGCUCGGAACCUCAACCGCAUGCAGAAACUCUAUCCAGCAGAGUACAACAUCUUCCCCCGCACCUGGUGCCUCCCAGCAGACUAUGGGGACUUCCAGAGCUACGGUCGUCAGCGAAAAACCCGCACUUUUAUCUGCAAGCCAGACAGUGGCUGUCAGGGACGUGGCAUCUUCAUCACCCGAAAUCCCCGGGAGAUCAAGCCAGGAGAACAUAUGAUUUGCCAGCAAUACAUUUCCAAGCCCUUCCUCAUUGAUGGCUUCAAGUUUGACAUGCGAAUCUAUGUCCUAAUCACGUCCUGUGACCCUCUUCGGAUCUUCGUGUACGAGGAGGGCCUGGCCCGUUUUGCCACCAUGCCCUAUGUGGAGCCCAGCCAUAACAACUUGGAUAAUAUCUGCAUGCACCUGACUAACUAUGCUAUCAACAAGCACAAUGAAAAUUUUGUCCGGGACGAUGCUAUGGGCAGUAAGAGGAAGCUGUCGACACUCAACAAUUGGCUACAAGAGCACAACUAUGACCCUGGAGAGCUGUGGGGGGACAUCGAGGACAUCAUUAUCAAAACCAUCAUCUCUGCCCAUUCUAUUCUUCGCCACAACUACCGAACUUGCUUUCCCCAAUAUCUGAGUGGAGGCACAUGUGCCUGCUUUGAGAUCCUUGGUUUUGACAUCUUGCUGGACCACAAGCUGAAGCCCUGGCUGCUAGAGGUAAACCACUCUCCAAGCUUCACCACGGACUCACGCCUUGAUCGAGAAGUAAAGGAUGCCCUUCUCUGUGAUGCCAUGACCCUUAUCAACCUCCGGGGAUGUGACAAAAGGAAGGUGAUAGAGGAGGACAAACGGCGAGUCAAGGAGCGGCUUUUCCAGUGCCACCCACAGCCACGAGAAGCCAGGCGAGAACAAAUUGAGUCAUCGCAUGCAGCAAUGCUGGACCAGGAGCGAUAUGAGGACUCCCACUUGGGAGGAUACCGGAGGAUCUACCCUGGGCCUGACACAGGGAAGUAUGCACCCUUCUUCAAGCACAAUGGCUCCCUCUUCCAGGAGACUGCUGCUUCCAAGGCCAGAGAGGAGUGUGCCAGGCAGCAGCUAGAAGAGAUCCGCCUUAAGCAGGAACAGCAAGAGACCUCAGGCACUAAGAGGCGAAAGGACAAUAGGGAGCAGAACCAGGGUGAAUCAGCUGGGGAGAAGAGCCGAUCCCGGGCAGGGCUCCGGGGACUUUCCACCCACUUGGCUUACAGGAAACGCAUCCGGGAGAAAGAGCUGCUACCAGUACUACUGGACACCAUGGAGCCUCAAGAUAUUGUGGAAGAGGAGGAACUGGAGCGGAUGAAGUCCCUGCUACAAAGGGAAAAUCUCAUCCGAAGCCUGGGUAUUGUAGAGCAGCUUACCCGCAUCCUGCACCCCAGCCGCCGGGGCCAAAGAAAGCUUCAUGAGAAUCGGCCUAGAUUUCAUCAGGAUGGGCCAGGCAGUGAAGAACCACAAUCUGUGAGUCUGGUCCCAUUGUUGCUCCUGAGAGGGGCUGCCACAAAGCAGGGCACUCCUCAUUUCCUGCAUCCAGUUCGGCCCCAUAAAUUGAUCCCCAGGAUCUUAGGGCCACUGCCAAGCAUGAAUAUGGCAGUUCCACAUCAUUCCCGAUGCCAACUGCAGCCCAAGACCUUCAAAUGGAUAGGAGAUCCAGCAGCCUUCGGCCCCUGUUCAUUGUCAAUGAAGAAAUCAGGGAGGUACUACUUUUCCAGCACCAGAGUCAGGCUCACUAGUGAAGUCCAAGCCAGCAGAAGGCUAGAAGCCAUAAACCAAGCCCUGGCAGGAUCAGUGCCACCCACUUUAACCCCCAAGCAGAGCUAUCUUCUGCAACCGGAAAGAGCGACAUGUGACGCGUGGACUGAAUGCACCUUGCCCUCCAUGGUAAACGCUGACCACAGAGCAGCCAAGGCUCAGGACCUCACCCUUUGCCCUGCUCCUGCACCUGUGCUGCAGCGGCCCAGCGCAAUCCUCAACAUCAGUCAGCACAGGUAAAAGCAGGGGCAGCUCUACCUCUCCUGGAGAGCGGCCGUCAGGUUUCCAAAGGAGCAAAGGGCCUUCAAUCUUUGUUAAAUGAAAGACUGCUGCCAACUUCCAGUUUGAAAAGCCCUGGCCAGGAACUGUUUGCAUAAGGCAAACACAAACACCAGGAAUUCCUCAACAACCUAAGAUUAUAUUGGGAUCGGUAAAGACUAAAAGAUGAAGAGGAGCCCAGGCCCGCCACGUACUCAUCUCUGCUGGUCAAGCCUUGGCAUGGGCUUAUCGCUAGGCAAUGGGUCUGAACCUUGGGACGGCCGGGGCUGAAGGUUACCCCGGCGCCAAGAAGCCCCCUUCCCAAAGAAGCUGAGCGCCUCAGUCCCCGGGCUGUAGCCGGCAGACAAGUGCCCAAGGGAAGCCCCGCCUCCCGCGACGGCGGCGGCGACAGGCAGGCCUACAUAGCCGCUGGGGCAGGGGACGGCUCUUGGCAAUCGGAUCCGUCUUUUUAUUAAAGUUUAUGCCGUUUUCCAGGUGCGUCGCGUAUCUCAUUUUCGCCCUCACAUUCCAAGAAGCUCCCUCCGCAGUCACAGC